AUGUCAGUAAUUGAACAAGAAUCACUUUCAUUGGAUGGAAAAUUUACUAAUCACGACGUUAAGAACAAAGUCGAAAAUGAUAUCCCUAAUUUUAUGGAAGAUGUCAUAGACAAUGAUUCAGAUGAUUGCCAGGACAAUGAGGAUUCCAUAGUUGAUAAUGUUAAAAGAGACAGCAGAAAUUUAGGAGAGAAAAAUGAUGACGAGACUCAAAAAGAAAACGGCAGUGACAAUGAAAGCAAUCAAAGAGAGUCUCAUAAUAGUAUUGAGGUAAUUAAUGAAGUAGAACAGCUAAAUGUGAUAGAAAAUAAUAUCAGCUGGAGUGUUGAAAAUAAAGAUGAAAAUGAACUUAGUGAACAAUUAAAAGAUAGUAAAAUUCUUACUGAAGAUGUUAAUGACGAAGAUGAAGAACACCUAGAAAACAAAAUUGUCUUAAAAGAUUUAGAAAAUGAAAAUGAGAAAGAUAAAGAAGUAAUGAGCAAUCCAAUAGAAUUAAACUUGCAGGACAUUUCUCAAAGUAAUGAAAAAAGUAUUGAAGGAAAAGAAACAAGUAUAUGCGAAGAGAAUAAAAUUGAAAACGAAGACAAGAAUCAAGAAAAAGUGAGCUCAGUAUCUGAUAUUAUUACGUGUGAGGGAAUUGAUUAUGAAAAUAAAGAAUGUAAUGAUGUAAAUAUACAAGAUUUCAACGAGGAUAGUGAUACGGAAAAAGAAUGUAAAAUAGAAAAACAAAUUGCCACAACUUAUGAAAGUUGCGAAAAAGAGAGGCAGGAAGUUGUAAAAAGUGAAUUUUUUAUGAGGAUAAAGAAAGUUAGUGAAAUAAAUGAAGAAAAUUUACUUGAAGAAAAAUCAGAUAAAAGAAAAAAUGAACCUACAGGUACUAAUUUAUUAGAUAAAGCGAACGAUGAAGAAGUCACUGAAGUUAAAAAUGUAUCCUUAGAAAAUGAAAUACAAUCUGAAACUAAGGAAGAAGAUUCAGAAGACCUAGAAAAAACGGAACUUAAAUUGAAUAAGGAAAGUAACAAAUGCGUUGAAAAUGAAGAAAUCAUAGAUAUAGCCGAUGAAAAGGAUGAAGAAUGUAUUACUGUGAUAGAUCAAGAUAUGUGUGAAGUCGAUAAAGAACCAGAAAAAAUAUUAGAUUUAGAAGAUAAUUUAGUGUCUAGUGAAAAUACAAAGCCGAAGACUGAUAUUGAAUGUAAUGAUCAAGAAAAUGUUGUUAGUGCAGAAAGCAAGGAAAAUAGUGAAAAUCCAGAUCAUUCAAAAGAAAUUAAAAUAAGUGACAACUUAAAAAUUCCGCUUGAUGAUGAUGUAACAAAUAGUCAAUCAAUUAAACAAGUCAGCACGCCUAUUAGUAGCAUAAAAGAAAAGAAACCACUCUUACAUAUAAGUAAAUUGUCUAAUACUCUAGAUAUUUUAUCUGAUGAUGAAGAAGAACCUUCUAAGGAAGAAUCUCAAGUUCAAUCUACAGUUGAAAAACAAUGCAUAAACAUAGAAGAUGAUGAUGACAUAAUGUUAAUUGAUGAAGAAACUUCAAAAGAUACCAAUAAAAAUGACAUCACGAUCCCAUCAGGAACAGACACGAAAAAAAAUGAAAAAGAGCAGGGCCCUGAAGAUUUAAAAGAAGAUAUUUCAAUGGAUGUUACUAAUAACGAUCAAGAUGUUGAGCCAGAAUCAAUAGUCAAGGAGGACAAAGUUACGGAGACGGAAACAAAAGAUGAUAAACAAGAUAAAAAAACUGAAGAAAAACCAUCAAUAGAUAGCACGUUAUCGUCAAAGCCGUUACUGCCAGUAAAUUUCCUUAAAUCAUGCAAAAAGAAUUUGGCAGAAAUGACAAGAGAAGAACUUGAAGAAUUUUGUGUUCUAAAAAUCGUAGAAAGCGUUGUCGACCGAAGUAAUUUAAGCGAAAUGAACUUACAGUUAAAGUCUAUGGCACAUAACAUCGAAGAUUAUAAGAAAAAAACCAAUACACUCAUGAAACAAAACCGAGACUUGCAAGUUGUUUUAAAAUCAGUUCAAGAAGAACAGAAGAAAAAUUCCGGACAACCAAUUACUCCUUUGAAAAUAACUCGUUCUGUUGGUAUGCAGGUGUUGAUGAUGGAGACAUCAAGAAAAAAGUCUAUGGCACCUAAUAAGUUCCAAAAUGCGCUACCCCCCAAUUCUGUCAAAUCAGCUAAAUGUCAAAGUCCGAAAACACCAAAAAGUCAAAAUCAGAAUAACCAACAAUACCCUGUACCUAGAUUAGUACCAGCUGUUAACAAUAGCAAUACAAAUAAUAAAGUCCCAACUCCGACCCCAAUAGCACCAAAGACGCAAAACAAUGUACCAAAUGGGAUAAAAAAUUCACUGCCAACACCAAAACCUGAAAAAAGAUCAUACGGCAAGAUGCAGCAAGGGAAUUCUAUUACAGUAGACCUUACAGAUGACGAACCUCCUUCAAAGAUUGCUCAACGAAAUAUAGCGGCUCCUGUUAGAUUGGUUCCACAACAAUCUCUACUAACUCCCCAAAGGCCACAAUUCGCAAAUUCAGUAAACACUCCAAGAAAAGUGUAUAUACCCAUAAGCGGUUCACAAAAUCAAGUUGGACAGGCUAUUGUGUUAAAACAACUUUCUCCUCAUGUUCCGAGGCUACGAGGACCUGCCUUGUUGCCGAAACCUGGUACCUCAAUAAGAAUGCCAAGAAUAGCUGCAAGGCAUCCAGCGCCCUUACCCGAUUCUAUGAAACAAUAUCAACCUCCUAACUGGAAGGCUUUACCACCCGCACCUGAACUUAAACUAUCAAAAGUAGAAAAUGGUAUAGUUAUCUCAUGGAAAAUAGAUGGCUACCAAGAAGAAAACCAUGAAGAAAUAGCUAGUUAUCAGUUAUACGCAUAUCAAGAAACAUCUGCACCUCCAAAUACAGCACUAUGGAAGAAAAUUGGUGACGUCAAAGCUCUACCAUUGCCUAUGGCAUGCACUUUGACACAAUUUAUGGCGGGAUACAAAUACUUUUUCGCGGUGAGGGCCGUCGAUGUCCGGUCUAGACUAGGACCAUUUAGUUUACCCGGAAGUAUACUUCUUUUGAAUAAAAUG